CCCCAGGGAUGCCAAGGCCUGCGUCGUCCACGGCGGUGAGCUGAAAGAGAUGACCACAGAACAGCUGGACGACAUCCUGAAGCACCACAAUGAAAUCGUUUUCGCCAGAACGUCCCCUCAGCAGAAGCUGAUCAUUGUGGAGGGCUGUCAGCGGCAGGGAGCCAUCGUGGCCGUCACAGGUGACGGUGUGAACGACUCCCCGGCUCUGAAGAAAGCUGACAUCGGCGUCGCCAUGGGAAUCGCUGGGUCCGACGUGUCCAAGCAGGCUGCCGACAUGAUCCUGCUGGACGACAACUUUGCCUCCAUCGUUACUGGAGUGGAAGAAGGCCGUCUGAUCUUCGACAACUUGAAGAAGUCCAUCGCCUACACUCUGACCAGCAACAUCCCUGAAAUCUCACCCUUCCUGCUCUUCAUUAUCGCCAACAUCCCUCUGCCUCUGGGAACUGUCACCAUCCUCUGUAUCGAUCUGGGAACUGACAUGGUUCCUGCCAUCUCCCUGGCUUAUGAAGCAGCUGAGAGCGACAUCAUGAAGAGACAGCCCCGAAACCCCCUAACUGACAAACUGGUGAACGAGAGGCUCAUCAGCAUGGCCUAUGGACAAAUUGGCAUGAUGCAGGCCACAGCUGGCUUCUUCUCAUACUUUGUGAUCUUGGCUGAAAACGGAUUCCUCCCCUUGGACCUGAUCGGAAUCAGAGUCUUUUGGGACGACAAAUCUGUCAACGACCUGGAAGACAGCUACGGACAGCAGUGGACAUACGAGCGAAGAAAGAUCGUAGAGUUCACCUGCCACACAGCCUUCUUCACCAGUAUUGUGAUCGUGCAGUGGGCCGAUCUGAUCAUCUGUAAAACCAGGAGGAACUCCAUUGUGCAGCAGGGACUAUUCAGUAACAAAAUCCUCAUCUUUGGGCUCUUUGAAGAGACCGCUCUCGCUGCCUUCUUGUCGUACUGCCCGGGCAUGGACAUUGCCCUCAGAAUGUACCCUCUCAAGCCAUCUUGGUGGUUCUGUGCCUUCCCUUACUCCCUCCUCAUCUUUGUUUAUGAUGAAGUCAGAAGGUACAUCCUCAGACGCAACCCAGAUGGUUGGGUGGAGAAGGAGACGUACUACUGAGUCACCGCAGAAGAAGGGAGCGUGUUUUGUCAUUAUUUGCUGCCAUGUUACAUAUUUGUUUGAGAUGCCACAACCCCUCGCCCCUCAUACAUACAAAAAAGAAACGAGCAUGGUUAAAUUAAGAAUAUACUAAUGUAUGAUGUCGUCCCCAAUAAACUUUGUCCUUACUACUGUACGCA